CUCGAAAAAUUCUGUUGCUCCUGAAGAUGAACGAACCGAAAAAAAUAAUAAUGCUCGACCCAUAAAUCCAAGUGCUUCAAAACUACGUUUUCAGAAACUCAAUACUGGAUCACAUGUUCAUAAUUUGAAACCCAAAAAAGUUUAUCAUAUUAAUAAUCUUUUAAAAGAACUUGGGAUUCAUGGACAUGCUACUAUGGACGAAAAAUCUCAAAAAGAGGAAAAAGCUACGAAAAAAAAAUCGAUGAAAUCUACUUGUUCUGAUUUGUCGGAAAAAUAUGGAAAGCCCCAGGAGGUCAUUGGCAAAGAACCGAAAGUACCGGGUGAAAAACUUUUUGCUGUUAAGGAUACCCAAGGAUGCUAUUGUGCAGUUAUGGAAUAUUGUGCUGGUGGAGAUUUAUCUUCCUUGAUUGCUUCUUCAGGUGGUUUGGGAGAAAAUGAAGCUGAUUGUUUCUUUGGGCAAUUGAUUAAUGGUGUCAAAUAUUUGCAUGAGAGUGGUGUUGCUCAUAGGGAUCUUAAACUUGAAAAUCUUGUUCUCACCUCGACCGGAUGUCUCAAAAUUACAGAUUUCGGAAAUGGUGAAUGUUUCAAGAUGGCAUGGGAAACACAUACUCAUUUAUCACGUGGUGCUUGCGGUAGUGGUCCUUACAUUGCUCCCAAAGCGUUUACUGGUAAAUGGUUUGACCCAAGACCUGUUGAU